CUGAGCUGUAAACCAAGCAACAAUCGUAUUCGUUCGCGACAGCCGAUUGCAAGAUUUUUCGGAGCAUGGCAAGCCGUGGAAAAGUUGCGUUUCGUCGAGUCUUCACCUCUCAGCUCGAGAUUUCGCCUUCCGCCCUCUAGGAUGGCGUCGCCGCCGUCCGGUGCGCCGGUCGCCUCCGCCACGCCGGCGGGCAUGGACUCCCGGCGCAGCUGGGUGGUGCUGGCGUUCCUCAGCUGGUGCAUGAUGAUGACGACGGUGAGCGUGCGGGCGGCCGGUGUCAUCUACGUGGGUCUCGUCGAGCACUACCACACGAGCCGCGAGGAGGCGUCCCUGCCGCUCACCAUACACAUGACCGUCCUCUGCUCGGCAUCGCUCGUGGGAGGCUACCUGUGCGAGCUCUGUUCCUUCGAGGCGGUGGCCUUGGGCAGCGUUCUCAUCACGUCGGCGUCCAUGAUGAUAUGCUACUUCGCGCCCAGCAUCGACUUCAUUAAUUUCUUUUUUGGCGUCGUUCACGGUGGGGCGACGUCGGGCAUCUUCGUCGUCGCGAACGUGCUGCCGUCGCUGUACUUCAAGAAAUGGCGCGCCACCGCCACCAGCAUCGUCUGGUCGUCGCAGUGCUAUAACGUCUACUUCAUACCACAGCUAGCAAACUUUUUCCGCGUGGCGUACGGCACGCCCGAGCUCUUCUUACUGAUAGGCGCUCUCUGCCUCAACGCCCUACCGGCGUGCAUCGUCAUCAAGACCCCGCCAUGGGCCCUGAAGGCCAAAGGAGGCUCUCCAGCUCGCCGCGGCGCCUCUUCCGGGGGCAGCGGCGACGGCAGCCGCAUGAGCCUGAAAAAAGCCGAGGCUUACGGCGAUGGCGUCUCAAAGCGCAAGAUCCAUGCAGCAUCCGGGGCUCCGGAAACGGAGGAGAUGCUGGACCGCAAGACGCCCGACGACCCCUCGGCUGUGAGGAUCGUCUGCACCCGCAACGACAGAGCAGACGACAAGGUCAUCGGGUCGAGCUGCGACGGGUUCGCCAUACGCGACAUGCCGCAGGGUCUUAAGGGAGUUCGCGACAAGACCAAGUUGCUCUGGAAGAACACGGCGGGUGCCCUCUUGAGCUGGAAGUUCUACGUGGACGGCCUGUCCUAUUCUCUGGAGGUGUACACGAUGUCGACGUACUUCAUGGUGUACGCCGACAUGGCCGUCGACAAGGGACUGAGCGUGGAGAGUGCCGUGUACCUCUUGCACGCCUACUCGACCGCCGACUUGGCCUUUCGAGUGCUGAGCGGAUGGUUCGUGGACCGCAAGUACCUGCCCAUCGAGUGUUCGAAACUGGCGGGUUUCGUGUUUAGUGUCGCGGGCGCGCAGGCGAUAAGGACUUCGCACACCCUGGUGCCGCUCAUAUUUGCGUCCCUGCUGUUCGGAUGCGGCACCGGCAUCAACAUAGGCAUCAUCGCGCCCUUGCUGCAGCACGACUUCAAGAAGGAGUCGCUCGCCAUGAUGUUCGGGGGAGUCAUGUUCAUCACGGGACUCAUCAUUCUGACGAGGCCGCCCGUAGUAGGCUAUUUCCGGGACACCAUUGGAGACUACGACGGUCUCUUCCACACACUGACCGUCGCCAACGCCAUCUUUGCCGUCAUCUGGUUGGUGCGCGCGUUGGUCGCCAGGAGGCAGUCGAGGGCGGCGGCCGAGAAAGCUGCUCCCACCUCACAACAAGGGGUGCUUUCGGACGCCGCCAUUCCGCUCACGACCACAAGUGAAGUGGCCUGCUGAUGGCCACGCUCUCGUCUUCUUUUCUGUGAUCGACAAUGCGCGCUUCGUUGACUAUCGGUGAUCGCACGGGUUAUCGGUAUCGUUCCGAAAUCGAUGCGAAGUGAACUUCGACGGUCGCUUUUGAUCAUGACUGCGGCAAAGAAAACCAUCGUGCGCUUUACUGGACUACCGGUCCUCUGUGGUGCCAUCGGGGUUGUGCCGAGACUGUUGGGAACUACAAUUACGCUGUCGACGUGCACGCGUACUGAUACCGUGGACGUGCUAUUGGAGAAACGUCUGGCAAACUUAGUGAGUAGAACCCGGUAGUGUAUGCGCGUCACUGCAUUGGACCACAAGUGCUCUGCUGAGUGACGCAUUAUGUAGAUGAGACGUUUUUUUUUGCCUUUGAAGCUUUCAGGGCGCUGGUGAUGCAUGGCUGUGAAUAAGGAAUCCCCGGACCUACAGCCGGUGCCGAGACUGAAAAACUUAUUGUGCCGGUGUCCACUAAGUGGAUGUGUUGCGUAGCUACUCAUUAGUGAAUUUGCGUUGUACUACGGCAAUGAUUACAAAAAUGCGAACUUUCAAAAAGUGCUAUAAUAGACUAAUAAAUGAUUGCGUCUAUACGAUAGAA